GUCCAUCUGAGUCCUUCAAAUAGCUGGUUUAUAACGAAGUUGUUUUGCUCCAUCCGCUAUUGAAGAUCCGCAGACCAACUAGGCGAACAGUUCAGGUUUGGAGACUUUGACAAGAUCAAGCUCAGAGAAGAAGCAACAAAGGCGCUCCUAUGUUGGUAAAAGAAGAUGAAAGGACAUGAUUUGGGAAAGGACUGUCUGGCAUCUGGUUCUGCGUACAGGGCCGUACCGUCAAGAGAGACCCUACCCGGACCUGAAGCGGACCAUUACGAGCUGUCUAAAGUGCAGGAUGCUUUUGAAACGGCAGCAAGAGCUGAGGGUGGCCUCUCAUUGGAUGGUGGCAAUGCCGCUGACGCAAAAGAGUUGGAGGACGAAGUCGGGAGAAGCAAAUACCACCACAGUGUCUGUGUACUCAAGCCCAUCCGCUCCACCAGCAAGUAUCAGCAUCCAGUCGACAAUGCUGGCCUCUUCUCCUUUAUGACAUUUAACUGGUUGACCUCACUGGUGUUGUUGGCCCAUAAGAAGGGUCAGCUGUUUCUGGAGGAUAUAUGGGCCGUGUCGCAGUUUGAGAGUUGUGAGGUCAAUCGCCGCCGGCUGGCCGGGCUGUGGGAGGAAGAAAUCAGGUCACGAGGGGACGGGGCGUCUCUUCGUCGUGUGGUCUGGCAUUUUUGCCGCACACGUCUGCUGCUGUCCAUCCUCUGCCUUAUGGUUACUCAACUCGCAGGCUUCAGUGGCCCAGCGUUUGUGGUGAGGCGGUUGCUGGAGUACACUCAGAUGAGCGAACCCGACCUGCCCUACGGCCUGCUGCUGGUGCUGGGCCUCUUGGCCACCGAGCUGAUUCGCUCCUGGUCCCUCGCCCUCACCUGGGCGCUCAACUACCGCACCGGCACCCGUCUGCGUGGAGCCGUCCUGACCAUGGCCUUCCACAAGAUACUGCGUCUGCGCAGCCUUCGGGAGAAGAGCAUGGGAGAGCUGAUCAAUAUGUGUUCGAAUGACGGGCAGCGCAUGUUUGAAGCCGCUGCCGUGGGCAGCCUGUUGGCUGGAGGCCCUCUGGUGGCCGUGCUGGGAAUGGCGUACAACUUAUCCAUAUUGGGGCCGACUUCUCUGCUGGGCUCUGCUGUAUUCAUCCUCUUCUACCCCACUAUGAUGUUCAGCUCCAGGCUGACGGCGUACUUCAGGAGGAAAGGAGUAGCCGUGACUGACCAGCGCGUUCAAAAGAUGAAUGAGAUUUUGAACUACAUCAAGUUUAUUAAGAUGUAUGCCUGGGUUAAAGCCUUCUCUCAAGCUGUGCGAAGAAUUAGAGAAGAGGAGCGUCAGAUUCUUGAGCAAACCGGAUAUUUUCAGAGCAUUACAGUCGGCGUGGCACCUAUCGUUGUGGUGAUUGCCAGUGUGGCCACAUUCUCCACCCACAUGUUGCUAGGUUAUGACCUUACCGCUGCACAGGCAUUCACUGUCGUCACUGUUUUCAAUGCCAUGACCUUUGCCUUAAAGGUCACCCCAUUUUCUGUCAAAUCUCUAUCAGAGGCAUCAGUCGCCAUUGAUAGGUUUAAGAGUUUGUUACUGAUGGCCGAGGUCAAGAUGAUCCGUGAGCUGCCGGGGAAUCCUUCAGUUGCAAUAGAGAUGACCGGUGCCAGUUUGGCUUGGGAGACGGGCGGUCACAGCGCCCAGCCUUCGCCCCGCGGUACACCCUACGUAGGCCUCGGCAUGAGAGGCUGUCGCAAGAAGCGCCAGCAGCGUGACGAACCAAAACAUCACGGGAUGCUGGAAGAGGAAACGCAUGGCCAGCUGUUAAAUGAUGUGUCUGUAGACGUGGCAUCCAGUCCUGAAGAUCAAACCCUUCAAGUGCCGACCAUCAGCCAACGGCUGCAGAGAACUCUUCACUGCAUCGAUCUCUCCAUACAAAAGGGGAAGCUGGUCGGUGUCUGUGGCAGCGUGGGAAGUGGCAAAACAUCUCUCAUCUCUGCCAUUCUUGGCCAGAUGACUCUUUUAGAAGGGACUGUUGCUGUAAAUGGAGAUUUUGCAUAUGUGGCACAACAGGCCUGGAUUCUCAAUGCAUCCUUCCGUGACAAUAUCCUGUUUGGCAAGGAAAUGGAGGAAGAGAGGUAUCAGGCAAUUCUGAGUGCUUGCUGCUUGAGACUAGACUUGGCCAUCCUCCCUAAUGCUGACCUGACCGAGAUUGGAGAACGUGGUGCCAACCUGAGCGGAGGGCAGCGUCAGCGGAUAAGCCUGGCUCGAGCUUUAUACAGCAACAGGGAUAUUUACAUUUUCGAUGACCCUUUAAGUGCUCUGGAUGCCCAUGUCGGAAAUCACAUCUUCAACAACGCCAUUAGAAAACAUCUGCGUGGCAAGACCGUCAUCUUUGUCACUCACCAGCUACAGUAUCUGGUGGACUGUGAUGACGUGAUCUUCAUGCGUGACGGCAGCAUCACAGAGCAGGGCAGCCAUGAGGACCUGAUGAAUCUGAAUGGAGACUACGCCACCAUCUUUAACAACCUUCAGCUGGGAGAAACACCCAUCAUUGAGGUUCCGAAUAAGAAAUCUGGGAGUUCCCUGAAGAAACCAUUGGAGAACAAGAAGGCAGGAUCUGUCAAAAAAGAAAAAUUAGCCGACCAGGGUGAUGGUCAGCUGAUGCAGGUGGAAGAGAGGGGGAAAGGCUCGGUGCCCUGGGAGGUGUACAAAGUGUACAUCCAGGCUUUAGGAGGGUGGACCGUCUUCCACUUAAUCCUCGCCCUCUUUGUUCUCAAUGUGGGCAGCACAGCCUUCAGCAACUGGUGGCUGAGCUACUGGAUCAAACAGGGCAGCGGGAACACGACGGUGCAGGUGGGGAACAGUACAGUACUGAGUGAGAGUAUGCGUGAUAACCCUCUGAUGCAACACUAUGCUGCUGUCUACACUAUGUCUAUGGGAAUCAUGCUCCUUCUCAAACUACUGAGAGGCAUUGUGUUUGUUAAGGGUACUCUGCGUGCCUCCUCGAGGCUCCAUGAAGAACUUUUCCAGAAGAUUCUUCGUAGUCCCAUGAAAUUUUUUGACACGACGCCAACGGCUCGCAUCCUGAACAGAUUCUCCAAAGACAUGGAUGAAGUGGACACGCGUCUGCCAUUCCAGGCUGAGAUGUUCAUUCAGAACGUGAUUCUGGUGCUCUUCUGCCUGGGUGUGAUUGGCAGCGUGUUCCCGUGGUUCCUGGUGGCAGUAGGGCCGCUGGUGGUCCUCUUUACGGUGCUGCACGUGGUUUCUCGGGUCUUCAUUCGAGAAAUCAAACGAUUAGACAACAUCACACAGUCACCUUUCCUGUCCCACAUUGCCUCCAGCAUUCAGGGCCUGACCACAGUGCAUGCUUAUGGGAAAGAGGACGAAUUCCUUCAGCGGUAUCAGGAGCUGCUGGAUCAGAACCAGGCUCCUUUCUAUUUGUUCAGCUGUGCCAUGCGCUGGCUGGCUGUGCGUCUGGAUGUGAUUAGCGUGGCCCUCAUUAGCAUCACGGCUUUGAUGAUCGUCCUCAUGCAUGGCCAGAUUCCUCCUGCAUACGCAGGCCUGGCCAUUUCCUAUGCCGUGCAGCUUACAGGAUUGUUCCAGUUUACUGUUCGCUUGGCCUCUGAGACCGAAGCUCGGUUCACCUCCGUAGAGAGAAUCCAUCAUUACAUCAAGUCUCUGUCUCUGGAGGCUCCUGCAAGAGUGAAAAACAAGGCUCCUCCAUCUGACUGGCCCCAGGAGGGCGAGAUCGUGUUUGAUGGAACGGAGAUGAGGUACAGAGACAACCUCCCAAUGACACUGAAGAAAGUUUCCUGCACCAUUCGACCAAAAGAGAAGAUCGGGAUUGUGGGACGAACAGGCUCAGGAAAGUCUUCUCUGGGAGUGGUUCUCUACCGGCUGGUAGAACCGUGUGGCGGCUCCAUUAAGAUUGAUGGUGUCAACAUCUGCGACAUUGGCCUUGCUGAUUUACGCAGCAAACUAUCAAUCAUUCCACAGGAGCCAGUGCUUUUCAGUGGUACUGUCAGAUCCAACUUGGAUCCAUUUAACCUGUAUUCAGAGGAGCAAAUCUGGGACGCCCUGGAGAGGACACACAUGAAAGAAUGUGUGUCUCAGCUGCCUUUAAAGCUGGAGUCCGAGGUGGUGGAAAACGGGGAGAAUUUCUCCGUGGGUGAGCGGCAGCUGCUCUGUGUGGCCCGAGUUCUUCUGAGACAGUGCAAAAUCUUGAUUCUGGACGAGGCCACAGCGGCUAUGGACACAGAGACCGACUGUUUGAUUCAGGAGACGAUUCGUAAUGCAUUCCAGGACUGCACAACACUGACCAUUGCACAUAGAUUGCACACGGUGCUCAACUGUGACCGUAUCAUGGUGCUCAAUCAAGGCCAGGUGGUGGAAUUUGACGAGCCGUCCAAGCUCUUGGCGAACGAAAACUCACGCUUCUGUGCGAUGCUGGCAGCGGUGGAGAACAAAAUCUCUGUAAGAGGCUAAAGGAUGUCCGAGCCAAGGUUUCACUCCCGAGGACCGAAGGGAACAUUCUCCAUUAAUAUUCCAGUCAUUGCUGCUUCAAUGUUACUCCCUCCUGCAAACCUAUAGGGACCUGGGGAGGGAGAGUAUUGUAUUUCCAUGAAACUCAUGGGCUGUCAUUAGGGGCAUGCCUGUUAAGAUGUACUACUUGUGAGCUUAAAUGAUUAGGUCAGGAAACACUGAUACUGUAAUGAUAUUUGCGUAACGAAGUGGAGAAAUCAGUUUCCAUGUAGUUCAAUUCAUGCAAACUGGUAUGUUUUACAGAGUACAUAUCUCUGUUUAUAUGAGUAUAUAUAUUUACAAGGUGGUUGCAGAGUCCUUUUGUAUUGAUUCUGCUGGUCUAUGUACAGUAUGUAAUAUAUACAUACAUUCAGAUGUAUCAUCUUUCAUUACAGUUUAAUAUUUUUGACAACUUGACGGUCUUCAGUACAUGUGUAAAUGUUGUCUUGUGACUUGAACCCUAAACUUUGGCACAGGUGACGUUGUCCACAGGAUGUUGUACAAGCACUGAGUAAGUGGGACUCUUUAAGAGAAACAGUGCUGCUUAUUUACUGUCUCCUUGUUCAGCACACCAAGGAUUCAGUCUUAUUUAGCUAAGAGGCCUUUGUAUAUUUAUAGCCUAUUUCCACUGUUAACAUUUUUGCCUGUUCCUUUUAUUUUUCCUCUUAUGUGGUAUUUUUUUUGCUCUUUUACGUAUGAAAGCAUUUCUCAUUUUGGCUUGUUUUUGCACUUUGUAUUCACCUCUGUAGGAGGUCACUGACGUUGUUUUGACUUUGUCCCAAAAGAGACGCUCGUCGAGCAUAAUCUUAGCAGGCCAAAUUUGCUAGAACGGGCCAUUGUUUUUUUGUGCGUUACGUUGUCUAUCACAGCACUGGUACAAAGAGAUCGCUCUGAAUGGACUUUCUGAAUCAGGUUGUGAUGGUCGUUUGUGGUCUGCAUGAGGGGGAAUCUGAUUUCCAACAAGUCCCCUCAUCAGACCCUGCAAAUAUGUCGGUCAUUCCAUUUUUUUUUUCCCCAUAGCCUUAGCAUGAUUUCUUAAUUGCCUUGUGAAAAGGGUGGAAGGAGAGUAGGAGAGCGUACAGUCUCUCCGCUGUCUCAAUAAAUUUAUUUUAGGUUUACCCUU